AUGUUAGCUAGAAGAACAGUUCGAUCAUUUUUGGCGGUUAGGGUGAGUUUUUAAUCGAAUUGUCAGAAUUGAAAAAUUUCCAGACCCGCAAAAUGUUUUUGUGCAUUUUUGCGUGCGCGUGUUUGCACACUCGAGCAGCGCGAAAAAUAUUUGAAUAUUUUUCAAAAGUUUUGUGUGCUGUGCACAUUUUUUUCUAAAAGUGGAAAAAACCGUGAUUUAUCGGAAAAUUGAUUUUUUAAAAAAUUGCAUUAGUUUCUGUUUUAAAAUAAACAUUUUAAAAUUUUGAAAUUUGUCCGCGGAAAAAUCCUGCGCAACUGCAGACAGAUCAUUUUUUGAUGUUCUAAAAUUGCAAUACAAAAAAUUGACCAUUAUAUAAACUCUAAUCAAAUGGGGCGAUUUGUUAUCUUUUUCAUCUAUCUAUCUACUUUUAUUAUUUGAUAAUUGAAGACAAAAAAUUGCCAAGACAUAUAGAUACAUUCAUAAUUUUUAUACCGAACAAGUUUUUUCUAUCUUAUGAUCAUUGAGAUUAAACGAGACGAAAAAACUUCCUCAAUUGAUUUAAAUCAAGAUUUUCGUCGUUGUUAUUUAGAUAUUCUGUAUCCAUUUCUUCUUUUUUCAUUUCAACUUGUUUUUGUUCAGAAUUUGAAAAUGGCUGAUCGUCAAGUACACACGGAAUUAAUUCCAGUCAACAGAACAAAAUAUGCGGCUGGCGAGAAUAUUUUAAGAGAUCAUGUUGAAAAAAUCGAUCCAGAAGUUUACAAUAUUAUGAAGAAUGUGAGUUUUACUCAAAUUUUGUUGAAUCAAUCAAGAUUUCUAUAGGAAAAAGCUCGCCAACGUCGUGGUUUAGAGCUCAUCGCCUCGGAAAAUUUCACAAGCAAAGCAGUUAUGGAUGCACUUGGUUCGGCAAUGUGCAACAAAUAUUCAGAGGGUUAUCCAGGUGCAAGGUGAGCAAAGUUCAAUAUAUUUUAUAAUUGACAGUUGAUUGACAUUUCAGAUAUUAUGGUGGAAAUGAGUUUAUCGAUCAAAUGGAAUUGUUGUGCCAAAAAAGAGCUCUUGAAGUUUUCGGAUUGGAUCCAACAAAAUGGGGAGUGAAUGUGCAAUCAUUAUCCGGUGCUCCAGCUAAUUUGGCUGUUUAUACAGCGAUUGUUGGAACAAAUGGACGAAUUAUGGGAUUGGAUUUACCUGAUGGUGGACAUUUGUCACAUGGGUGAAUAUACUUUUUUGAGUUUUGAAAGUCUGAAAAUGGGAAGCAAAAAUUGCUUGGGAGAGAAUAGAGAUUAUUGGAUUUUUAAGAAUCACGGUUUUUGAGACCAAAUAAAUAGGAUUUGGGGCUGGCGUGAAGUAUUCGUAUUUUUCCCACGUGGAUUUUUUGAUCACCAAAAAAUUCGUUCACAUGAAUUUUGUGAUGCCAUGAAAUCCACGUGUUAAAAAUCGAUUUUCAAGAUCACAACCGAAAUUCCUUAUUUUUUGCUCAGAUUCUACACACCAGCUCGUAAAGUAUCAGCAACAUCCGAAUUCUUCCAAUCACUUCCAUACAAAGUUGAUCCAUCCACAGGCCUCAUUAAUUACGAUAAAUUGGAAGAGAAUGCUCUUCUCUUCCGCCCAAAAGUAAUUGUUGCCGGUGUUUCGUGUUAUGCUCGUCAUUUGGAUUACAACAGAUUCCGUAAAAUCGCGGAUCGAGCUGGCGCUUAUUUGAUGGCCGAUAUGGCACAUAUUUCUGGACUUGUUGCUGCUGGUUUGAUUCCAUCGCCAUUUGAGUAUGCUGAUGUUGUUACAACUACAACACACAAAUCAUUGAGAGGUCCAAGAGGAGCACUUAUUUUCUUCAGAAAAGGUAAAUUGUAAAAUUUCUGUUAUUUUCACGUGACCUAAAUACAACAAACGUGGAAAUUUAAAAUUAUCAACAAAAAAAACAUUUCUCGAAAAAUAAUCCAAUUCUUUAGGAGUUCGAUCUGUGAACGCAAAAGGAGUUGAAAUCAAAUAUGAUUUGGAGGACAAAAUCAACACAGCCGUUUUCCCUGGACUUCAAGGAGGACCACAUAAUCACACAAUUUCGGGUAUCGCAGUCGCAUUGAAACAAUGUUUGAGUGAAGAUUUCGUCACUUAUGGUCAACAAAUUUUGAACAACGCCAAAGCUUUGGCCGAAAAUUUGAAGAAUCAUGGAUAUACUUUGGCGACCGGUGGAACUGAUAAUCAUUUGCUUUUGGUUGAUUUGCGACCAAUUGGAAUUGAAGGAGCACGAGCUGAACACAUUUUGGAUUUGGCACAUAUUGCAUGUAAUAAGAAUACGUGUCCAGGUGAUGUUUCGGCUUUGAGACCGGGAGGAAUUCGAUUAGGAACACCUGCGUUGACAUCGCGUGGAUUUAAAGAGGCUGAUUUUGAACGAGUUGGAGAUUUUAUUCAUAAAGGUUGGUUUGAACUAGUAAAAUUAUUUUUUGAAUUUUUUUCGAACCCUCAAAGCUGGAUUUUUCCACGUAGCUUUCAUAUUUUAAAAAUUGAUGAAUUUUCAAAAGAUUUUUGCCAAGUGGAUUUUUGGCACUAUAAGUUGUUUUCAAAGAGUCACGUGGAUUUUAACACGGUUUUCCGAAUUCUUUGCCACGUGGAUUUUUGGCGUGAAUUUAAAAAAUUGGUGGGCAUUGCUCAUGUUAUUGGUUUUCGAAUUUUUCUUCAAAGUUAAUAGCUUUCAACUGUUUUUCCUCUCCAAUUCAAUAUUUUUUGCAGGAAUUGAAAUCGCUAAAAAAUACAACGCAGCUGCCGGAAAAACAUUGAAAGAUUUCAAAACUUUCACCGCAACAAACGAGGAGUUCAAAAAUGAUAUUGCAUUAUUGGCACAGGUAUUUUUUUAAAAUUCUUCUCAUUUUCCUCUAAAAAUCCGAUUGUUUUUCAGGAAGUCGAAUCGUUCUCCGGAAAAUUCGAAAUUCCAGGAAACGAGUUAUUCUAA